CUUCUUCUUCUAUGCAACCUUUUCAUAUUUUUUAAACCAUUGUCUUGAGCCUGCCUGUCCUAAAAUGACCCUUUACAGGGUUGAUGAAAUGUCAUCAGACCCUCUAUGGCUAGAAUAUUGCACUUGCAACUUCAGAGUGGCAGGCUGUCACUGUUGGACUUAGAAGAAAAUUGAGCUGACAUACCUGGCGCUGCAGUCUGCCUCCAGCCCAUCUCCUGCAUGUUUUAGAUCAUGAACACAGCUGAUUUGAUUGUGCGGUGCUCUUCACGGCAGUGAUGCGCCUCUUGCGCAGAGAUGCGUGUGUGUGGCGCUGCGUCGGGAGGAGUUGGUCUGCUGGGGAGCAGACGUGGGCAGCGGGAGUGCGCACCAGCAGGUGAAGCGCAUCGAUACCCAGACAGUCUGCUAGUGAGGAGUAGGGAUGCACGUUUACCAACGUUUCUUUAACCAGGGCUGUAGCGAAGCCUCGACGAAGUCGACGGCUCGAUUCUAAAAAUUUGUCGACGUCAGAUCCGGAAGUCGACGCACCGCGCCCACUUGUUGCAUCCCCAGGAGUUUGUAAAUAGAGGAGGAAUCUGCCUGUUUUUCCUCUAGUUCGCCCUCUUCUCCGCCUUCACUAACAUCUCCGCCAAAUACCGAAGACCCGGAACAACGUCCGUCUGCUACUAGAUUAUUUUCCUGUUUUUCCCGCCUUCGUCUCCCGGCAACGGACAACAACUUCCGGGGUCAAAUGCGCUGCUUCGUGUCUACCGCAGAUGUAGAAAAUCACCGGGAGCGCUUCUCCCUUCAUUAAGGAGCUUCUUUCAGACAUUAGGAGAGCUGUUUUGGUGGAAGCAGUCUCUCCUCCGUGCUGGUCUGUUUGCUGCUGGGUGUUUUUGGUUUAUUUAAACUUGGUAACUUGAACUUAAUGUUGGUAAAGCUACUGUUAGCAUCUUCGCUAACAGCUUCUUGCGUUGGGAUAAGCUGUUACGUUUUGGUUUAGAGUUCAUCUUUUUUGUGGUGUAGAUCUCCCUUUUAUUACAUUUAGAGUGUUGUGGGUUUUCGGUUUAGUGUAAAAUAUCACCUGAGUUUGGUUUAACCCGUAACACCACUCGCCUCACGCACAUAAGUGACCAAAACAAAGCAGCAUGGAGACACUCCAUCUUCUACCACCUCUCAGGCAGCAGCCUGCACUCCCAAGUUCUACACGUCACCAGAACAUAACCAACCAACACAAUAAACGCAGUGUUAUACAAAAUGGAAGGCCUGUAGUGUUUAUUCUCUUACAGUAAGAAUUUAUCAAUUUUUUUGAGGAAUUUAUUUGAGAUUUUCUGGUUUUUGUUAAUUGUGCAAUAGAAAAAUAAUCAUUAGAUUAAUUUUCUAAAUAGUCAUUAGAAUAGUCGACUAUUUGAUAAAAUAAUCAUCAGAAUAAUCGUUUUAAAAAUAAUCGUUUACCCCCAGCCCUAUCUUUAACCAGGUAUUGACGCCCCUUAACGGUUAAUAGCAGGUUAACUGGAAACCAACCCCAUCCCCCGACGCACACCAACAUUUGCCCCCUCUGUAAAUAACACUUUUCUCGUCUACUCUUGUAAAAAUAAUUCUGACGCACAACUAAAGUCCCACACUCGUCACACUUAUGAACCAGAAGUAAAGCGAGAGGGACGACAGACUCAGAAGGUGUUGGUCAGCGGACCGUCUGGCAUCAGUUACACAGCACCGCUUGUGAUUGCACAAUUAUAAGCACAUUCUGGAGGCCACGGUUAAAAAAACAAUUUUCUUACGUUGAACUAAAUAAUUACACGGACAUCAUGGCACACUGACCUGUUGCUGGUGUAACGAACUGGGGGUUUAAUUACGACCAAUCAGAUGUGAUGAUUCUAUAUAAAUAUAGAACAUCAAGCUGACUGAUCUUUGAAUGUUUAACCAGAAGAAUUUAGGAUUCUUGUCUGUCAGUGUUCCCCAGGGCAGCUGUGGCUACAUCGUAGCUCAUCACCUUGAGUGUGUGAACGGAUGAAUGAUACACUGAGAGUGCGGGUCGGGUCAUUAUCAUUUGUUCAGGGACCAUAAACACACUUCGUAUUGAUUCAGACAGAGUCGAGUAUGUAAUUAAAAAUAGACGGAGUGUGUGCCGCGCUGCCCGGCUGCACCAGUGACGAGCGUUACUGUGGCCGUGUGCAGAACGCAGCUGGAGUUCAUGGAUAAUCAGCGGUCUGCCUGCCGCUCUGCAUCUCUGCUCUAAAGAACCCCCGCUACGCUGAGUCCAUAUAAAUAAUAUAAUACAGGUAGAAACUGGGUCUCUGUGCUCCUCCUGGGUGUGUAAGUUAAGGGCAUCAGGGGAGCUUGAUAACCUUUAAGGGGAACCAAGUUGCUCUCCUGUAAUUUGAACCCAGUAUCUGAGUCCGGAUCGGGGCUUGGAUCGGGAAGUAAAGCCCGAGUCCCGAUCAGUCUGAAACCACGUGAUCAGGGCCGAUUUCCGAUCAUGUGAUGGGAUCGGGACAUCCUAGUUUGGUGUGACUAGAAAGUUGACCAAGAGUCUCUGACAAAUAACUCUUAGGAGGCAGACAUCAUGGCAGACUGGCAUGUUGCUGGUCUCGGCUCACUUUGCUGCAUAGCUUCAUUUCCGAGUUCUGUCAGGCUACGCGCUCCGACGUGGGGCUCAUUCUGUUCACCGAGAACAAAAGCUCCCACGCUGCGCUCGUUCUUGACCACUACAUCUGCAUUCACAGUAAAUGGAUUUGAUUCAUGUCCGUGACGAACUCACCUCUUCUUCUGUGGUCUUUUGAGUCAACAGCACUCUUGUGCCCUCCAGUGGCAUAGAAUAUAUUGCAGCAUUUGCUGGCAUAGACAUGAAUACAUAGACGUCCCAUUGGGCGCUGGAGAGCGUAACAGCGUUGCCACCAUCUUGGCUGGGUCUACCCUCUCUCCAAACCCAACUGGAGUCAGCGCAGAGGGAGUAACUAUGCCCAGUGUACUGUUGAAAACGGAUCAUGUGGGACUUUUCUAGCCCACAUGUUGGAAUUUUAUAUUUUAAGGGAGAGUUAACGGUUAACCGAGUAUUAACUGUUUAAUUGCUACAAUAACCAGUUAAACAAAUGUUGGAAAACGUGCAUCCCUAAAAGUCCGUUUAUUUGAUUAGAGGCCAUAGAAACGUAAAAUAUCAGAACCUGGCACUGAUGCCACCUGAGACUCCUGCUCACCCCCACCUAGGGUUGUCACGGUAACCAGUGUAGCGGUAAACCCCGGUAAAAAAGUUGACAAUAAUAAUAACCGUCUUGUUUUUUUUAAAACUAUUUCAUCUCGGUGGAUUACCGUGGCUGCGGUGUAGGCGCGGUGACCCUUACCAGCCACCGUAUCAUCUGCUGAAGUUGCCGGCGGCACAUGCGCACUUUGUUGUUUACAACCAAAACUUUCUUGAAGCUAAAGCUGAAAUAAUGGCCAAAGGAGGAGACGGCAGCGCUCAGGACAUUUAUUAUCCCUCAAAGAAGACAAAGUGGGAAGUACGGGCAUGUUUUGGAUAUGUGAAGAAUGCCGAGGGACAGCUGAUAGAAGACGGCUAUCCUGUUUGCAGCACGUGCAGAAAAAGUGUCUGUGAAAGGCAGCAACGCUUCAAUCUCAGGACACAUCUGCGUGACCAUCACCCACAACUCUACAGUCAACGCAAGGCAAGCUAACGUUAGCACUUUAGCUAAAAUGCGUGAUCCGAGGAUUUGGGUUGAGGGAGAAUGCAACGAGUCGCUAUAUAAAGCAGCCGCAGCGCCGCUACCUGCAUAUAAACCGUGUCGCGGACACCGCCAUGUUGAAAUGACGCUAUGCAUUACGGGGCUCCCAGGGGCAGAUAAGAGUUGGUCUCUCUCCGAGAAUAAUUAUGAAUUUAACAACGAUUACUGCCUGAUGACAUUUUCCCACAUCUGCAAAGCUCACUGGAAGGACACAAACCGAGGACGAUAUUUUCCUGAUAUAGGGUUUAUUACUCAAGUAAGGGUAAAAAAGUAUCUGAUUAGAAGGCUACUUGAGUACUGAGUAUCAUCUGAUCUAAUAUUGUUAAAAUGGUGACACCAAACAGACAUAAAAUAAGAAGUUAUGGGCAAAUAUUGGUAUUUUAAAGACUAAAGGGGAAAAAUGUAAACAAAUAAACAACAUAAAUACAAAAUAACACAUUUUAGGCAACAUUUAGACACAAACUGAGGACAAUAUUUCCUGAUAUACAGGGUUUAUUUAGUUGUCUGAAAAUGUAACACGUUUAAAAAAAUACCGCAACAAUACCAAAAACCGUGGUAAUUUAGGUCACAAUAACCGUGAGGUUACAUUUUCACACCGUGAUGACCCUACCCCCACCCCUAAUGUCCACAGAGGAGGCGGACCCCUCCUGCUCUCCAGCGCUGCUUCACGAGGAACUCUGACUCAGGUCGUCCUUUUGUUUCCUCUGAAGCAGAAAACCCAGAGAAGUUUCAGCCAACUAGUCCCAACUGUCCCUCCAGGUAAAAACAUAAAACCUAGAGGUUAGGUCUUCUGCUCCCCAGACCAUCUGAAGCUCCAGCUGACGCCAGCAGCAGGAGUCUGAGCUCCAGACCAGAGCAGGAGCUUUCACACGGAUGGUUUCAGUAUCGUGACAUCACCGUGUGAGGUUAGCAGGCCUGACUGCCCACACUGGUUGUAAACCAAAGCCUGAUGCAGGUGGAUGCUCACCUGCUGAGUCACAUGGUGCUGAGCGUCUUUUGUGUGUGAAAAAUGUGUUAAAACUAAAAGUCGCUCAGAAACGGAUCAACGUAACGCUAACAAGAACAUCCGUCUGCUUUAAAGCUGAAUGGAAAAGGUCGAGCCUUAAAUGUUUAUGUAGUCACUGGUUCUUGCACAACCUCUGGCUGGAGUUGGAGCGUUUGUGUGAGCGAGGCCUGCCGGUGUGAAAUACCGCGUCUGCACGCUAAAGUAAACAGAUUCAUCAGCAAACAGAUAACCAGUCAUGGACUAGUUAGAAAAGUCUGGAUCAGGAACGCCGCCAGGCUGCGUUUGGGAUCCGUUCCAUUGUCAGUCACGUCCACGUGGGCUGCUUGUAGAAACGCAUUUAUUCACAUGUAGGUCUAAAACACCAGCAGGUGCUGAACAUCAGAAGAGACGGUCGCUUGCUGUUCUUUAUAUUUCAUUAGAAAAUGAAGGGAGUUACUGUGGUCUAAGUGUCUCUAUUCUCACCUAAACACAACACAACUGUAAAGAUAAGGCCAGCCUGGUUGUCCUGUCUCUGUGAGAGUCGUGUUAUCACACAACAACACGUCAGAUGAAGGCAGCCUGCUGGCAUUCCUCUGAGAGUAAAAAUACUCCAGGAACCGCUGCACUUAACGUAUCGCAGCCAGAGACGCACAAACCUGCCAAUCUGGAGGCCAAGUUUAAACAAAACAUGCAGCGCCGCAGCCAAUGGGAGUGCACGUUCAGAGCCGGUGGAGGAAUGUGGAAAGUUCAACGAUAAGGACGGCAGAGAAAGGAGAGCAGACGAAUCAGCGAGGUUAAGAUUACACAGAUCAACCCAAGCUGGGAUGACUUUCCUGAAUGGAGUUCAUCAUUCAUUCUUUUUGUUAUUAUUUAGAGCCGGUAGUGUGCCGUGUACCGAAAAAUCCCCACAGCAACAAGCUUUAUCUGCACAAUCAAACCUCGCCCCACGUUCACUCACAAAUAGAGAGGCUGCUUCCUCUCUCAGCUCCGAGGAAAACCAUGAAAACCAUUUUUCUAGAGUUCGAUUCUGAGAACACAUCAGGUAGAAACACUAGAGCAUGAUCACAAGUAAAAGACACAGAAUACACCAAAUAUGAGCACCUCAAAUUAAAGUCUGGUUCCCAUGGAAACGGUGUAAUAUUUGUUCUGUUGGUCUGAAGAGCUGUGCUGCUGUUAGCCAAUCAGAAGUGACCGUUCCAUUUUUUUGACAGUGGAUUACUAACGCACACUAGAUGGUGCCAACAGUAGGGCUGGGGGUAAACGAUUAUUUUUAAAACGAUUAUUCUGACGAUUAUUUUAUCGAAUAGUCGACUAUUCUAAUGACUAUUUAGAAAAUUAAUCUAAUGAUUAUUUUUCUAUUGCACAAUUAACAAAAACCAGAAAAUCUCAAAUAAAUUCCUCAAAAAAAUUGAUAAAUUCUUACUGUAAGAGAAUAAACACUACAGGCCUUCCAUUUUGUAUAACACUGCGUUUAUUGUGUUGGUUGGUUAUGUUCUGGUGACGUGUAGAACUUGGGAGUGCAGGCUGCUGCCUGAGAGGUGGUAGAAGAUGGAGUGUCUCCAUGCUGCUUUGUUUUGGUCACUUAUGUGCGUGAGGCGAGUGGUGUUACGGGUUAAACCAAACUCAAGGUGAUAUUUUACACUAAACCGAAAACCCACAACACUCUAAAUGUAAUGAAAGGGAGUUCUACACCACAAAAAAGAUGAACUCUAAACCAAAACGUAACAGCUUAUCCCAACGCAAGAAGCUGUUAGCGAAGACGCUAACAGUAGCUUUACCAACGUUAAGUUCAAGUUAACAAGUUUAAAUAAACCAAAAACACCCAGCAGCAAACAGACCAGCACGGAGGAGAGACUGCUACCACCAAAACAGCUCUCCUCAUGUCUGAAAGAAGCUCCUUUAUGAAGGGAGAAACGCUCCCGGUGAUUUUCUACAUCUGCGGUAGAGACGAAGCAGCGCAUCUGACCCCGGAAGUUGUUGUCCGUUGCCGGGAGACGAAGGCGGGCAAAACAGGAAAGGAAUCUAGUAGUGGACGGACGUUGUUCCGGGUCUUCGGUAUUUGGCGGAGAUGUUAGUGAAGGCGGAGAAGAGGGCGAACUAGAGGAAAAACAGGCAGAUUCCUCCUCUAUUUACAAACUCCUGGGGAUGCAACAAGUGGGCGUGGUGCGUCGACUUCCGGAUCUGACCUCGACAAAUUUUUAGAAUCGAGCCGUCGACUUCGUCGAGGCUUCGCUACAGCCCUAGCCAACAGUAGGCCCAAACUGCAGUUUUCCUUGAAUUAUUAUUAUUUUUAUCUCUACAAAUACAUAUAAUACUGGACACUUGACUGUCUGUUGACCUCUGACAUUGCUGUGGACACAUGGAGGCUUAGGACAUCGUUAGAGACACACAAUACGAUAGACUCAUACAGUGAUGCGAGAUGGUAAAAAAAUUAAAGGAACAGUGUGUAUGUAGAUUAACUGAAUGGUGAGGUAAAAAAUUGUGUAAAUGAAUGUGAAGAACAGUAAUGUGAAAUUAUAAAAAUCACAAAAUUGUAUAUCAGAAAAAUGAAUUUGAUUGUAAAAAUUAAAAAAAAGGCGUAAAAGUUUGAUAUACAAAAAACUUGAAUUAAUCUAAGCGGUUGUAACAGCUCUUUGCUGAUAUAAAACAUGUCACAUCAUCAAUGCCAGCCAAGUCCGUUCAUAAACGUAACAUGGACUAGGACAUAAUUACAUGUAGGUAGGCAGCCACGCAUUCACCCAGAACCUGCAUAACUGGAGUCAGAUCGCAACUCAACCCACCCAAGCCCCCCACCCCCGUACGGUUGGAGGUGUAUACGCUGCUCUAGGGCUGGUAUCACCAUAACGUUUGCGUAACCCUUGUGAGGUUUGACUUGAUUUCUGUGGACCCACUUGUACACGAGAUCUUUUUGACCUUUGGUGAUGUUGAUCUGAUACACGACAGGUGAGAGUUUAUCAGCGAUUAGGUACGGUUCUGACCACUUUGGUAGAAGCUUCUUAGCCAGUCUCCCAGUGGUGACCUUCGUCUCAACAGUCUGACUGGACUGUGAGCAAAGUUGUAGAAUCAGGCCUUAGCCUCCAUGUGAAGUUCAGCAUGUGAGGCCUUCUGAUCAUAAGCCCUCCUGCCCUCAGCUGGUUUCCCCAGAUCCAUCUCUGCAAACGAAAAUGCUGCAAGCAGAUGGUCCUUCAAGUUUUCCAAGUACUGAUCGUUAGUGCAAGCCAGAGCAGCACUGGUCUCAACUGACUGAUAGAGCAGGUGGAGCAGCAAGGUCAUCUGUCUACCCGUCAUGAUCUCAAACAGGGAGGUGCCCGUAGACUCAUGAGGACUGGCUCGAAUAGCUACCAGGACCAACGGAAGCUUCCCAUCCCCGUCUCUGUGAGUACCUUGCCCCUGCUGGAUUUAGUCAGGGGCCCCACCCAAUCAAAUUGCAGGUCAGACAACGCUGAAGACGGUCCCCUGCUCUGAAGAGGAGCUCUGUGGAUGGGAUUUGAGGGCUGAAAUUGACAACAAACCAAACAGCUCUGGAUGUAGUCCGAGAUGUCUCUACGCAUCCCUGGCCAGGAAGCAACCUGGCUCUGGGCUCCAAACGUGGCUUGGACCCCUUUGUGUCCAGCUGAGGGAGAGUCAUGUACUUACGCGAUCAUACCUCCCUUAGGGAUGGAGGCGCCACAAGAACAGGCAAUGAUGGAGGCUUAGAAACGUGCAUAAGCACCCCUUAACCAUUCUCAGUGUGACUUGAACACGAACGACAGCACGGAGCUCAGGAACUGAACCAAGCUUGGCAGAAGAAGGUAGAUGGGCUGCAGGAUCAGAAAAGUACAGGAUCAUCCUGCUGACUGCAGGUCCUGAGACUGGAGACUGACCAGGUCGUGGUCAGAAAAGACCGGGAAGUUACCAAGGCAUCGAACGCCAUGAAAAGGUCUCUGUUUAACGGGCUUUGGGUUGGAAGUCAAGAACCCUUUACUCUUCCAAGAGGGCAGAUGGCAGGUGAAACUGAGCCGAGCGUAGUCCGAGUCAGUGCAGAUCACCAGCUUGUGUACACCAUCAUCGGCUGCAUGUUGUAGGACUAUUAGGAUCCCGGCCACCUCUGCAAACUGGGAGGUCUGAGGGCCCAAAUGGUAGCACCAAGAGUCUUUCUGGUCAGCGCUCAGCCAAACAACACCUGUGACCGAACUCAGUUCAGCACCUUGUCGAAAGGAGCUGCCUCAACGUACACUGUUGGCAUGCCCUCACAGAGAGCUAGGUCAAAGUAGUGAUGAUUGGGGUUCAGCAGGGUCUGGGGAGGGUUAGCUGGUAGGACUGAUGCAGAAGUGUUGUACAAGCAGUGCCGCAGCCAGACCCAUGCCAAGAGGGCUACGGCGGUUCUGAGCAUAGCGCACCUCGAUAUCAAAGCUCUGAAGAGCUAACAGCCAUGACACAAUGUGUGCAUUGGUCAUCACACCAUCUCUGAUGUGUUGACUAUUCAAGAAGGUCACAGGCUGAUGUUGAGUUUCAACAAUGAUUUUCUGUCCACUGAUGUAGUUGGAGAAGAGUUUACCUGCCCACAUGGUGGCCAGCAAAGCUUUUUCACAGUCAGAGUAAUUUACCUCAGCACUGGACAAGAUCUUGCUUUUGUAGCAUCACCAGCUUUGUCCAGCUGGAACCCUCCGUGAGAACUGUAAGGAAGCAUCAUCUCAGCCCUGAAGUGGCUGCUGGUUUUCUCGAAGGUUUUAGAAAGAUCCCUCCCCCUCCGGUACCUGCCUCUUGUGAUUUUACUGUCAGUGAUUUUAACAGUAGACUGAAAUCCGCUCUCGACCUGCUCGCUCCACUUAAAAUCAUAAUCUAUAUUCAAAGUGUGCUUCACCGUGGAGAAAUGAAAAUCUAAAGAAACUAAAGAGAAACUGCAGCGUUGCAGAGCGGAGAUGGAGAAAGAGUAAAACAACUAUAAAUCAUCAAAUAUAUACAGAGCUACUUAAAUCAUAUGAAAACGCUGUGAGAAAUUCAAGAAACACACCUUUCCAAACUCACUCUAGACAACAAACACCAUCUUUGUUCCCUCCUCUCCAUGAUUGAUGUCAAGUUGUUGUUGUUGUUGUUGUUAUUGUUGUCGUUAGCCUCAAGGGCAACAUGCCGAUUAUCACUUGUAAGUGGCUUUGGACAAACGUGUCUGCUAAAUACAUAAACACAAACAACAUAAACAUAAAUAAAGCUUCUUACAGCCAAACUGAUGUGAUGGAGCAGAUUAGUCCCAGCCCAGCUUCUCUGCUCCAGAACCAACGCCUCGCAUGAGCAGUCGUUGGUUCUGGAGCCAAAAACGAGCCUUCAGGCUGAGCUGGCAUCCCAGGAAUGUGCUGGGAGUCCAGCUCCAACUAAUGUUUCUAGCUCCAGCAGGCAAACAUCUAGGCUCCAACUGUUAACAGCACAGUUAUCUCACACACACACACACACACACACACACACACACACACACACGCACGCACGCACGCACGCACGCACGCACACACACACACACACACACACACACGCACACGCACACACACACACUUCUGUCUUUCUAUCAGAGUGAGGACCCUCCAUUGACUUCAAACCAGUUUUGUGGUUUCACCAUGCCUAACCAUAAACAUAACUAACACUGAUCUAUUCCUAACUAAAACUUAUUUCACACCAUACCUCUAACUGGUAGAGUAAGCUUCUGGUAUGCUUCUAAAAUAAAGUGAGGACCCAAAAAUGUCCUCACUUUGAAAAAGCUGAACUCUUCUUUCUGCCUGUUCAUCACGGCACAUUCACAUGGGAAGCCUAAGCCACGCCUACUUCCAGACCAUGGGUCCCCUACAGUGAAAAAGAAUGGGAGUCUGAGCCGUUGAAGGUUAUUUCUGAUCCCAUUUGAUAUGUACCAUGGAUUUCACAUAUGAUGUCUGUAAAUUUUACAGACAAUCCAAUUCAAGUUUAUUUAUAUAGCACCAAAUCACGACGAGUACUUCACACAGUGAUGAUGGAGUCCGUCGAACUUAUGCUGACAUUUAUUGGUUGGUAACAAGAUGGCGCCUGUGCUUGGCUUAGCCGCGGUCACCGGCCACUUUUUCAAACUUUUCUCCACUAACCUCCUCUUUUCCACCUUGCUCCUGUCUGCGAUCCUCUUCAGUAGUGUCCCUGCUACCAUCUCCAAUGAUCGCAACACUCUUUUGUCCUUCCGUUCGUUCACGAUCGCCCAACAUGCACCGAGGACGUACCUUCCUGUUUGUUUACCUGAGCGGCACACCGGCCCGGAACCAGUCGACGGUCCCGAGCUGCCAGCCUCCGACUAUGUUUGUCCGGUCCCGGGAAAACGUUGGAGGAAAAGAGGUAAACGAGCAGGAAUCCAGGUGAGAAUAAGACUUCUCUUAAAGCGUGGUUUAUCUGGUAAACAUCGGCGUGAUCUUCUAGCUUCUCUUCCUUUGUUUGGUGACCUGAGCGCCACUUCCGCAUUCCUGCCAGGCCAUUUCUCCGUCCAAGUAUUUUAAGGUAGAGAGUUCCACAGCUUUGGGGCAGCAUGUACUAAUCCUCGUUCACCCCGUGAUUUGUAACGCCUCCGAUCUGAUGCCCAGGUGUUGCUAUCACAGCCACCAUCAUGUUCUCUAAGAAGAAAAAAACUCAGAUCAAGAUCUCUGCUCCGUCUAACUUUGAGCAUCGGGUUCACACGGAUUUUGAUGAGCAGGAGCAGAAGUUUGUUGGGUUGCCACAGCAAUGGCAGUCACUCAUCGAAGACACGGCCAAGCGGCCCAAACCUUUCAUCGAUGCGACAGUCACUACUAAUGUUGAACCACGAAAGACGAUCGUGCGCGGCAGCAAGCUGGGAGCAGACGGCUCUUUAACAUGGCUCCUGGAUGAGUUUGACAACAUGUCUGUGAUUCGUUCAAACUCCCUGCAGAGACACAGCCCUCCUGUUCCACUCCGUAGGGACUCGAGCUCUUCGGGUGGAGGCGGGCAGGAGAACGGAGACCCCCACCACAGACACUACUCUCAUCCAGACAGGGACCGACACAGGCAAGACCACCAGCCUAGAGGUGACCCUCGCCAGAGUCAGCGAGCAGUCCACCCCUCUCAGAGAGAUGAGGUCCAGGGUCGGCCCCAGCAGCAGCCUCGGGGCCAGGAGCCCUAUAAAGCCCACGGGAACAGAACUGGUCCAGGCCAUCCUCCAGGCCUUCACAGAGAUCAUCGAGACCAGGAUCAGGUGGUUCGCAGGGACCUGGCUGGGGAGCACAGGCCAAAGUCCAGCUAUGUGGCACGAGACGGCAGUCCUCAGUCUCCUAGGGACAAGCGGCCCCUCUCAGGGCCGAACAUUCGAACCCCGAACCUGCCGAUAACCGAGGGGGUGAUGAAGACGGCCCAGCAGAACACGCGCCCAUUUAAUACGUACCCGAGGACAGACAGCGACUGUGGACGCAGUCCCACGGGACAGGUGGGCCGACACCCUGAGUCUUCCCCUCAAAACGGACCUUCUAGUGGUUCCACUCAAGGUUCUUCUGGCUCCAAGCCCCCAGUGAGCCACCAGUACCCUCACCAGAUCUCCCACCCAAGCCUGAACCCCGACGCCCCACACACCCCUCACCCCAACAUUCCGGCCCCACAGCCCCCCAAUCUCGCCACCCCCCCUCCAUCAGGUGCUGCGCCUCAGGGCCGCUCCCCUCAGCGGGAGCCUCAGAGAGUUUCCCACGAACAGUUCAGAGCGGCGCUGCAGAUGGUGGUGGACCCAGGUGACCCGCGGACCUACCUGGAUCACUACAUAAAGAUUGGUGAGGGGUCCACAGGAAUCGUGUGCAUCGCCACAGUGAAGACCAAUGGAAAACUGGUAGCUGUGAAGA